AUGAGCUCCGACAAGAACCAUGCUCUUGAUAACCUUUUUGGUGAAGAAAAAGAUAUGCUGAAAGGUUCGGACAAUGCGCUAAAUUUCAACUUCAAUGAUGCAAACGUUACACCUCAUAUACUUUUGGAGCAGCUUGCGUAUGUCGACAACUUCAUGCCGGAUUCCGAGAAUGACAUUGCGUCUUUUGGUGGGUUUGCGCAAGGAACGGAAAUUCCCAACGGCGGGAUGGGGCUGGAUGAUCGACUCGCUGCAGAGCUUAGCGCUUUUGCCGAUGAAACAUUCAUUUUCCCAGAUGAAGACAAGGCCGAAAACAUUAAUAGUGGUGAUAAUGAUGCGAAUAACGACGAGGGGCUUUUUGGCAGUGCUCACCAACUGCCCUCAGCGUCAGCUUCAGGGUCGGCUUCGGCAUCUGCGUCGGCAUCUGCGUCAGCGUCCCGUUUGUACGACAUGGCCAAUCAUGAAAACACGGAGAAUGAGACAGUAGACAAUCCGGUCUCUGCUCCCUCAAACAGAAGCUCAAGGUUUUUGUCCCAACGCCGGAAUAGGUUCCUGGCCUCACAAUACGACAACUCUCGUCAACGAUUUUCUAAUAAAAACCGGCAGCUUGAGUCAACGCGAUCGCCGUCGGACGACCACGGUGGCUUCACAAACGUCGAUAUUGGUGACGGCCCCCCGCAACCAUUUGCUCAACCAGGAAUCCCGUACGUUAAUUCCCCGCUCACAAACUUGGUGUCAGAUUCAAACUCACAAACAAUCGACCUUGCUACAACGCAUAGCUCUAAUACACCUUUUUUCACUCCUACGACGCAGCAAAGCGAUAUCAAUCCGCACAGACUCGGAAACUCCAACGCAUCAACAGACAUUCACAUGCCCGACUACUCCUCCAUUCCAACAAGCACUUUACUUACAUUGCUACCGAAGGCCAGAGUACCGAAUGGAGCUAGGAAUGCAUUGGUUUCCGUGGGUCUGCAACCAGAAGAGAUAGACUCCAUUGCUGCCAUAAUUGCCCAUCAUCAAAUGAACAAACAAGAAAAUAUCAGUGACAGCGCCUUGCCUCUUUCGUCUAGAGAAAUUGGAGCAAACUUCAUCCUACAGUUCCUUUCUGGCGAGAAAAAAACUCCUGAACCGGAAGGUUCUACCUUACCUAACUCCAGCGCAGUAGCAGUCCCCGAAAGGGAAGGUCCACGAUUGCCUCGCCGCCAGUUCGCAUCCCGGGAGCACGCAUCUGAAAACUUGGUCGAUUCCUUUUUCCAAGGCAACAGCGAGAGAGAAAGUCCACAAAAGCUUGCUGCCAGCGAAAGGAGCAGAAGCUCCACUUUGCAUUCUCUUGACAGUAGUCAGGAGGUCUCUGCGUCGACCAAUAAUGGUACCUUGGUUAGGACCGUGGAAAAAUCUCAGAAUGAUAUCCAUGACCGGCGAAAUAGCGACACAAAAAGUGGUGAUAAGCGCUCUAAAUCACACCCCAAACGGAAACUCAAGGAGCAAGAGAUGGAAGGGUCGAUUCAAGAGCUCAGCGAGCUGGCCUUGAAUUUGCAACAGCGCAUUUACACUCUGGAGAUGGAAAACCGUCUACUGAAGAACUUGGUUUUGGAGAGAGGCGAGCUUGAUGCUGUCGAGGAAGUCGAAAACGUCCGCCGUCAAAUACUCAAAAGAAUCAAAGACGAUAACAGAUUAAUGGGCAAGGAAGAAACCAAAUUAUGA